CCCCUCUAAAGCCUGAAUUCUUUUGCAGCCUUGCUGCUUUGUAAUUGAUCCGUGCUCUCAUCGGCAGGAGGAGGGGGGAUCAAAAGGCCAGGCUGGUUGUGCUGGUGCUCCGAGCGCUUGUGACAGCGACGGAAGAGCCUCAAGGGAGAAAAGACAGCAGCUCCCGGGCCUCUGAGGUGCAGCGCAGGCAGCCACGUAGAGCUCCUUAGGCUUGAAGGGGGAAGAAGGAUCCAUUCCAUGUGUAUGGAGCUGCCAUGGUUUCUUACCCAGAGCACACUGUAACUGAAAUGGACCGCUGGAGGGACUCGGGGUUACAGACAGUGGUGGCUGUGCAUGCAUAAGGUGCUGUGUGUUUCUCCGCUGCUGCGCACACAAGUGGAGGUAGCUGAAGGUGCAGGCUGGGCGGUCACAUCCAGUCCCUGAGAGACAGAGCUCAAUGCCAAGGCACAUCCCGCCCUCUCUCUGCAGAAGGUCUUGAGGACGUUGGACCCCGUGGGACGCAGCGAUGAGCAACAGUGGCGCCAGAGAGGGACCGGCUCGGCAGGGCACCGCACCGCCCCCUGCUGAGCCCGAGAGGAGAGGCAGGGGCAGGCCCAGGAAGCAACCUCAGGAGCCAGCUGGCCCCCCCACCCCGAAGAGACCUCGCGGGAGGCCCCGUGGCAGCAAAAACAAGGGGCCCCGCGCCACCCUUAAGAAAGCAGAGCCUACGGGAGAGAAGAGACCAAGAGGCCGACCGAGGAAGUGGCCCCAGAAAGUUGUUCAAGAAGAAGCACCCCAGGCAACGCCAGAGGAAGCCGCAGCCGGACCCUCACGACAGCAAUCAAAGACCUCAGGAGAAGACUAGUGACCUUGCAGUAAACCUCUACCUCAUUGGCUAGGCAGCAGCAGCAGCAGGAAGCGAAAAGGCCUGUUGCCUAGCGAGCCAUGAAGAUUGCAAAACGAGAAAAAAAAAAGUUUUUUAUUUUAUUUUUUAUUUUAUUUUAUAUAUAUUUUUUAAAAAAAAUAUCUCUUUAUGCCAAAACUGUGCCACUGCCAUGGCUGUGUUCAACCUCAGUCUCUAGCCUUGAAACCAGGCUGUGACCAGCAACGCUUGAUAACAGUUUUUUAACGUCAUUUUUUAUAUUGUUUUAACAAAAGAUUUAGGAACUCAAAGCAAUUGGUUUUUUUUUACAUAGAUAUAAAACCGACUGUUUUGUGUUUUGUGAAUGCCCAGGGUGGCUGAUUCAUUGAAAUGAGAAACUGCUUGCUAAUCUUGCUUGCCAAAACUGACAGAUUGAAGGGUUCUUACUCCCCCUAUCGGACUGCAAACCUCUCUCCCUUAAUCUACAUGUGUUUAUAUAACUAUCUUUAUAAUAAUGUUUUUAAAACAAACAAAAAAAAUGAGAUCUAAAUGUGCAGAAAAUAACUAGCAACAGUCAGAAGUACAGACAGCACAAACCCUAACAGCCAUUCUUCCAGUGUUUGGCGCUGACUAGCUCCCCAGCACUGUGGCUAGAUUUCAGCUAUCCAGUUCACACCCAUACGUGACCCUCUGUUUUGUUAAGCUCCCUUGCCUUCAGCUAAGAACACUCAACGAUCGCCGCUGUCAAGCAAAACAUUUCCAUGCAGUGCAUCGUCUCCAUGUUCUUUACAAAGCAUCUCGAACUAGAAAGUCAUUGUUCCGCUCAGAGUGACCUCCCUAGUUAAGAGCACUCGUACCUGAGAUCCAUCUUGCAUUCGAAUGCCGCAGUCCUCGUCUGUCCCGGUCCCUCUGCGCCUUGCAGUUUCUCAUUCCCAAUGCUUCAAGCCACACCACUGUGCAAAUCCAUGCAAUGUUUACCGCGUUGACAUUCGCGAAUGCACUGUACUUCCGAGCGAGCGCGCAACCAGUAUGCACAUAAGCGAUGCGCCAGCGUGCAAACAGGGCAGAAUAAACGUCGGUCUGUAUGAGGCAGACCUAUAAGGGACACGGGAUUAGAGUAAAGAUAGCUUUUCUGCAGCUUUCCUUACUGUGUCUUUCAGAAAUGGCUUUGCUCUUUUAUUGGGGAUUCCAAAACUAGCAGGUUAUAACCAAUGUUUCCUGCCGUCUUAACAGAAACGGUUAUGAACGACAAUCAAACCCGAUCUUUAAAGAUCUGACUGUAGGUGUGAUUACCCGAGCCUGUCUAAAACAAAACAACAGCAAUGGCUCAUGACUAAAAAUGUAAGGCUUAAACUUUUUUAAAACAAUUUUUUAAAACUCUGCCAUUAUUAAGGAAACGAUUCUGAAAGAAAUCAUUUUGGUUUCUCACUUCAUCCAGUUGCAGACCCAAGAAAAUAACUAGAAACCUUUUUGUGAACCAUUGAUCUACCAGCUAUCUCUUAAGAGCUGAUUUCUCUGCAGCUUGAACUGCGUGACCUGUAAUAUAUCUAAUGAACUGCAUCGCUCUACAAUACUGCCCUGGAUCACUCCCCAGAUCAAUCUGUAUCGCUACCCAACAGCGAAUCUGUAUGCCAUCAGUUCAUUUUUUGAGUUACUGUGUGCCAAACAAAAACCAACAUGUCAGAAACAUGAACCUUUGGGGUAGAACGUACAGUAAGGAAGGCUGACAGAAUGUUCAGGAGUAUUCUAGACUGUUUUGGGAUUGUGAUGAGAGUAGAUUUUGAUCUGGAUUGCAUCUCUUUCGUGGUCAAGACACUUACUGUUAUUUCAGGUAUUUUUUAACUCAGAAUUCAGGAACAUAUCCACAUCCACUCAGUUAAGUUGAAUUGUAAUUUUGUAUUUCUUUUUGUGUGCAUCUUGAAAAGACAAAACAAACACAAAAAAAAAAACAUAUCACCCAAGCACUCACAAGUGCUGCAGCUUUCUCACUCAACAAAGUUCACAACUACCUCAGCAACCGUGACAACCAACUGUAACCAAGGUGACGCAAAAGUGUACUUGACGACUCCUGUUCUUGAAAACGGAGCCAAUCUUACUGUAGAGAAAACUCAGAAGUCAAUAUAUAUAUAUCUAUAUAUAUAUAUCUAUAUAUAUAUAUAUAUAUAUAUAUAUAUAUAUAUAUAUAUAUAUAAUUUCCCAUUUGUGACUGGGAAGUGGGCUGGAGCCCCCUGUUCAAACCUGUGCAGGGGCCGGGCUGGCCUCUACGCUGUGGAGUUCACGAGCAUGGGAUUGAAAUGGGAAAUUUGCCUGAAGUUUCAAAUAAUUUGCAUGGGACUUGUAGGGUGACAGUUUGACUGCACUGAAGGUACCAUCUCAGGAUCCCUCCUCAUCCCAAACAAAGGCCCGUGCUCAGCCUGUGUUGUACUGUUACUGCAUUGCACUGCCGCUAUAUAAAAGCUUACUGUGGUACACCUAAAUACAAGCAUAGUGUAGUGCUGUAUGGCAAACUGCAAACUAGUAUGCUAAGUAAAACCAUGCCCUUCUUUCAGUGGGUACUGAACUGCAGGGUGCGGCAUCAAGAUUGUGAAAUCUACAGUGUGUCUCAACUCUUUGAGACCUUGUAGCCACAUCCUACCAGUAUCGGAGUCCAGUUAGCUGUUAGAAAACAGUAACCCAGCUGCCAAGUUACCAGGGAGUGGAGGUGGGUCCCAGUUAUUAGUCGCAUCCUGAGAAUGGGGUUUAACUUAAAACAGUCAGCUUCCCUUUUCCAGACCUUUGGACAUUACCUUCACAAUCAGAAGAAUGUUAGAAGGAUUAUAAAUGACUGUCUAAAAUGUUUUAAUGUGUCAUUUCUUACCUGCUUUCUAUUCGUCGAAGUGAGCUCAGUUUGAUUCCCUAUUUCAUCUCGGCUCCAAAUAUAUUUUUUUUAUGUAUUUUUAAUUUUGUACAACUGUUCCAGUGUGUGGCCUCUGAGCACAUUUGACAAAACUGCAUUUAAAACUAAUGCGGUGCUGGGCCUCGUGCGGUUUUUAACCGUUUUCUUCUAAACUCAUGUUUAAAUAUCCGCUCUGUACACAGUCCUCUAAAAUGUAAUCAGUAUAACAAAAAAAACACACAUUUGGAAACAAAAAUCUGUUUAGCCUCUUCACAUGUCCGUAACUAGCUACGAGGAUAGCUCUGUUUUCGACACUGCCUCUUAGGGUAGAGAUUGAAGAUGUCAUUUUAAUCUCUUACUGAAUGAAUGUUAAACGAAUGCAUUUACAAUACAAAUGGAUUUAUCUUUUUUUUUUGUAAAAGAAAGUGUUUUAUUUUUUCAAAACGUAUUUUACUGAACGGCUGCAAAAAGAAUGCAUUAUGAAUGUAAAAACAGGAUUCAAAUUCGGUGCCGGAGAAAUAUUCAUACUGGAAAUGUUGUUUAAAAAAUUAAAUACAUAAAUAGUGAGAAAGAGAGAAGCAUGCAGUUCGCUCGCAAUGAAAAUAAAUAAUCAGGUCAAAAAUGGCGGAUCUCAGAACACAGGAAAUUGUGUCUCUUAACCGUUAGUCAAACCAGAAGUGUAUUCCUCUAGGUCCUCUGUUCCUAGCGCCCAUCCCUGAUAGGUGCCCUUCUAGUGCCUGGAAAAUUGACCGCCAUUUUGGGAUGGGUCAUGGUUCAGAAGGAUUGUUUUUUACUCAAAAUCUUUUAAUGUUUAAUUGUUGUUUUUUUUUGUUCUGUACUGGAGAAUAACAAACUUUAGUGGAACCCAUUACUGAAAUAUUCCCUUUUUUAUAUGUGUCUUUGUACUGUACAUGUCAGGUUAAUAUCUACAAAAUGCUGUUAAUGUUUUACUUUUGAACAGUAGUUUGUAUAUUACUCUCUUGUUAGGGGGGUGCAGACAGCUUUAGGGGGGAGUCACACCUGACUAAAUAAAUAAAAACACAAACACAUGGUCACAGAAUUAUUAAAAUCAUUUAGUCAGUGAUUAGCUUAGACAAUUCCUAACCAUCAGAAGGACCUACAGCGCAGUAUGUGAGAGGUAUCCAUCUGAAUACUGGCCCAGUAUUGGAGAGCCAGUGCAGCUUCUACACAAGAAAACUGCCAGGUUAAGGAAGCACAAGAGUGGUGAGCUGACCAAUCUCAUCCCAAAGCCUGUUUGCACCCCUUCUUCUUUCUGUGAAUCUGUGCUGAACUGAUGGAGCCUGCUGGGACUGCCAGGGUCUGGGUAGUGAGGGGGGUAACGUAUCCCAAUGAAGAAAUGCUCUUCUCUGGCCGUCAGUAUCAGUAGUGAAGGUUUGGGCUGAAUAUGUACUGUAAGAGGUCAAUCUGAAAGUGUAGGGUAUAGCAGGUAGAGUUUGAAUAAGUGGAGUGGAGAUUGUUGCUGCAGGACCAUUACUUUUCAAAUGGGUUAGAGUUCCAACGCUGAGGGGACUAGAGCCGUUCACACUGCAGCAAUAGGGACAGCAUAGGUUUAGGACUGAGGCUGAAUCCCUCUGUCUGUCUCUGUCUAUCCACAAGACAGGUAGAGCACAGGGAAUGGGUGUAGUGCGUGAAAGGCAAGGACUGGUGGGAGUGGAGAAUGCAGCCCUCUGCAGUGAUGGAUGUAGUGCUUGCCUGUAAAUCCAAAGUAUGGCAUCAUCAUUACCAUUUAUUCAGACUUUACGCAUGCAUGGCACAGCAGUGACGCCGGGUGGACAGACGGGUGUAAUUGCAUUGGUUUUCUAGAUUUCACAGUGAUCUUGCUGUAGUGCAAACGCACGUCCCAAAUGGUACUAUCACACCCUCCUUGUAUUCACCCUGUCUGUGUCUAGCUGUCAGGCAGUAUUACAGAGGUAAGGGCCUUUUCAAAGCACCCCCUUAUUGCUGGUGACUGCAGGAGUUUUCACGUGCAGCUCCAGCUCUGUCCCAGCCGGCUCCUCAGAACCGCACAGCUUGUGAUUCUUUUUAUCUCUGCUUGCCUGGUGCUGUGUAAAUCGUAACGACUGAAAACAAAAACAAAAAAAACCCAGAAACUUGAUUCCUUCACCAAAGCUUGAAAUGUACUGAUCUUCAUCAACAGGUGUUAUUUUUUUUGUUUUUCAUUACGUGGCAUUUUUAACCCAGUGGACUCAGCUACUUACUGGAAACCGAGUCUGUACUACUGUUCCACAUGCACCGAGUGCUGUCCGGUUCAAGGAGGACCUUAUUUCCUUUUCAUUUUUUACUUCUUCAGGUAUACCUAGAUACUGUUUGUGGCAUUCAAACAGGCGUGGCGCUGAGGGAGGGGGCCUCUCAAGUGUGUACACGGAUGUCUGGCUGGCUGUGGUGAUGUCUGGGCGGGGUGGGUAAGUUUAAGACACUCACAACAAGGAUUCUUUAAGUAAGUCUCUGUUUAGUUGAAUUCGGGAGCUGCUCUUCUGUAUCAGUCGCCUGCUGUAGACAUGUGUGACGUAGGCCUGGGGUGGCAAAGUGUCUUUUUGUGCGGGGAUAGUUGCAUGUAAGUUGAUAUGGAGAUGUUUUUUAGAAGUAUAAAUAGCGGAUUGGUGAAAAGUCAAGUCUUCAAGAAGAUAAGGAUUGUGCUGUUCUCACGUUUCUAUAAAAGCACAAAAAGCGAUUAUUUUCUGUAAAAAAAAGCAUCAUUUUGUACCAUGGAUCCGAGUGGCCAUGGUUUUAGCUGUUUCGCAGUUAACCACUGGCACGUGAUAGUAAUAAAUCAGACAUAGCCAGCUCCUCUCCUGGCCUGGAUAGAGAGCAAGAGAUUUAGUUUAAAAACUGUUACUAACAAUCAAUAAUGCGUCCAUGCAUUUCUUUAUAUAGAAACAAUAACAGAGAGUUAUUAACAGCAGGUUAUAGCAAUGCAGUGUAGUAAGAACAUGCAGGCAACCUUAUCGUUUUAUUCUCAAAACCCAGUAACUGGUAUUCCUUGGUAAUUGCCUUCAAAGUACCAGCAUUUAAAGAUUAUUUAUAAAAGGAUCCUUAAGCUGAAGUGAGACUGAGGUGUCUAGGUUUGAUUUGGAUGGAGAGGAUUUCAGCUUCGGAAUGUGGAAUAAGGAGAUCCUUCUGUGGGUUAACGUACAGGGCAGUAUGUCUGUACACCCCGACUAGGCACUGGUCUUUGUUGUUGGUUGGUGUUUCAGUGUAGGGCUGGUGGAUUGGAUUGGAUAGGUGUGGAAGGUGGUCCCCUUAUCCUGGCCAGUCAGGUUAGUGACUGGGUGUAGAGUCGGAUCCCCUACCCAGUCGUCGCUGUAUCAUUAACAAACGUACACGUGACAUUUUCACAAUGAAGACGAGCCACACGAUCAGCUGUACUGACUGUAACGGUCUUGUAUGCAAGGCAGCUACAACAGACCAGCUUGUUUGUUCUUGUGUCUAUAGUACUGGUUCUUAGAACUCCAGUUUCAGACUGGCCUGCUGGGUUGCAGUUGUCAGAUCCCAGCUAAGCCAUUAGUGAGGACAUCAGUACAGCCAGACAGACUAAACUGUUUUUGUUUGUUUUUUUAAUUCCUCCCCGAGAUCAGGAAUGGAAAUGAUUCGUACGGGACACAGCUGGGGAACCGAAGCCUUGUCCUGUCACUGCGGAGCACAGUGAGGUUGUUGUGCUGUUACUGCAGUUAGGUAAUCGGCAUGAAACCAGUAAAGGGGGCCAGUUUAAAGAACGUUUGAAGACCAGCUUAGUAUGGGCAUGAAAUAUCAGAGAAAUCUUAAUGAAGUUCUUCUUGUAUCAUUUUCCGUAUCACUUAUCACGUCCUGGUGACUUUCUAAAACGCAGGCGUUUAUACCAUCCCUGCGCUCUCAACUGAGCUCUCAGAAUAGAAACGAAAUUCAAAGUACAACAUUUCUGAUGCUUGUAAUACCAGACUCUUGGAGCAAAUGUAGUAUUUCUGAUUUCGACUAGGGGCAGAGUGUUCCAAGGGGACCAGAUGUAUUUACACAUUUAGACAUGUUUCUGGGAGCUCUGUUUUGUGACGACCAAAACGGGAAAUGAUAGAAAAGUAAAUCGAAACAUCAGCAAGAAAGCACUAGUUAGGAUAACUCCACACCCAUUGCAAGUUCCCUUUUAACACCAGUCUGUAUUCUGAGGGGAAG